AACACAUCGCUCGACAGAACACCGCUCUAUAGACAUAGUCAGGAUUACAGCACAUUCAUUCCGCUUGUGAAUACGUCAAGAUGGACAUCCGACAAGCUACCGUCAGCGACCUGCUAGGUAUGCAAAAGACCAACCUCUUCAAUCUUCCCGAAAACUACACCUUCAAAUACUACUUGUACCAUGCGAUGACAUGGCCAGAGCUGAGUUAUGUGGCUUGCAAUCCCAAGGGAGAGGUCGUCGGUUACAUCCUCGCCAAGAUGGACGAAGAGAACACCGAGAUCCCAUCGGGGCACGUCACCUCGAUCUCGGUGCUCAGGAGUUAUAGGCGGUUGGGAUUGGCAGCAAAGUUGAUGAGGCAGAGUCAACACGCAAUGAAUCAUCUCUACAAAGCGCAUCAUAUCACUCUGCACGUGCGGGAAUCCAAUAAGCCUGCGAUCUCGCUCUAUAGGGAUAACCUGGGUUUCGAGCAGACGGGCGUCGAGAAGGGGUAUUACGCGGACGGAGAAAGUGCAUACCAGAUGACCUACAAGUUCAACAAGGAUUGAGAAAGCGGAGAUCGCACUAGGGAAUGGGCGGGUCAGUUGCUUGUCAGCUGAACAGACGGGAUUGAAUCGAAGCAAGAGAGAGAUAGAAAGAGUUACGCGCAACAUAGAACCCCUUUGCAACCCAAAGACCCAGACCCGCUAUCUCGGCCGGGAGAAGGGCAGCCUCAGGCCUGAUUCUGUCGGCGAGUUUAGCCGGUCUGGGAAAAGUGUAUUUGUAUUAUCAGCACUAGCACCACCAGCACGAGCUCUGGAACACUCUUACGAGCGCGGAUAUGCAUGUCACAUUACGAACCAUCCUUGACGUCGCCCAUCUCGGUUUGGCUGUGACUUUUGUAUCGUGAAUAAGGCGCCGUGAAAGACCUACUUGCACACGGGACUGUUUUACGUUCGCAAAAAUGGAUGUACUUCUUUCCA